GGACGAGGCUGCAUGGCACCGUGACAAUCUUGCGCGCGGCGGGUUGAUAAUUUAGCGCUCUAAAUAUAACUAUGAUUCCCGGUUUUUCCAUUGAGUUAUUAAUAACUUUUCCAUUUUUUACGCCCCUCACAAAAUACUUGAUUAUCAACAUUGCAUGGCUAUCUCCCACAAAGUGUCUUCAUAAAAUACAACCAUGUGGUGGAUUUUGAAACUUGAUUCUAAAAACAAACUCAUUCUUAUCAAAAAUGGCAGUCUAAUCCUAAAUAAAAAUGGUUCUCACAUUUUCAUCGUGGCCAUAGUGGCUGUCAGUGCAUAUUUGGAUGGAACUGGAAGAAAAAUUAAGGUCAGUUUUGACGAUGGGUCGAGCCUACAGCUAUCCCUGGAUGAUUUCAGUCAAAGAGACACCAGUUUGAAGGCAGAUUUGAAGGCAAUAAACUUUGUCAAGCAGUUUGCUAAGGAGUUUUCAGGCCAAUUAAAGCCAGCUGCUUCUAAAACUAAAUUCAAGAAGAAACAUCUUGUAGCAGCACUUUUUGGCGGAUUACUUGCUGUUGCUGCAGCUCCAAUUGCACUCGCUGCUGUAGGAUUUACAUCAGGUGGAAUAGCAGCAGGAUCCAUUGCAGCAGGCAUGAUGUCUUCUGCAGCAAUUGCAAAUGGUGGCGCUAUUGCAGCAGGAAGUACAGUGGCUGUUCUGCAGUCAGUUGGAGCUGCAGGGUUAGGAGCUGCAGGUACUGCUGUAGUUGGUGGUGCUGGUGCAGCAGCUGGGGCUGCUGUUUCUGGUGUAGUAGAUGCAGUUAGGGUUAAGAAGUCCUCUAAGGAAUGACGUGACACAGACACAGAUUGUAAUUCAUUAAUAAUCUUAAGACCUUUAUAUAAUUUAGUUGAAUGGAAAUAGAUUUAAAAAAAAAGUUGUCUCACAUCUUUCUAAAACUCAUUUAUAGUUAAAGAAAUACUUCUUGCCCUACCCUUUGAGAAAGAUACUGCUUGGGCUAAAACAUGUUUACAAGUUUUGAAAAAUAAUGUGCCACGAAGCAUCAUUUUUUGUUAGUCAUUCAGAUAGGAUAUACAAACAAAACAAUCAAUUAUUGGUCCUUGGCUCUUCCUGCCCCGUUACAAAACUAUAUUGAAAAAAUGAGACUAAAUCAGAAUAGACCUGCUUGAUGAACAAUUACAUUUGGUUUAACGGCAGUGGACACUAUUGGUAAUUAUCAAAGAC